UCUGCCCCGCAGUUCCUGGAGCUGUGCAGCGCCCUGACGGAGGAGCACCCCGAGGUGCUCCCGUUCUUGUCCAGCCGCCACCAGAAGGCCUCGUCCGACUUCCUGUCCUCGGCCGAAUUCAGGAACAUCCUGGCGCGCUGCCUGGCCCGCGUCCGCGCGCGGCGCACCAAGGUCUACGUGUACAUCAACGAGCUGUGCACGGUGCUCAAGGCCCACACGCUGCGCAGGAAGCUCAGCCUGGCCUCCGCUCCCCCCGGCGCCCCCCCGUCCCCCCCUCCCUCCGCCGCCGCCGCCGCCGCCUCGUCGUCCCGCGGCUCCCCGGAUCCCGGCCCCGCGGCCCCGCGCCCCGCGGGCGGCUCCAAGCGCCAGAUCCGCUACCUGGAGAACCUGCUGCGCGUUUACACGGGCGAAAUCCGGCGGCUGCAGGAGCGGGAGCUGGACCUGGCCGAGCUGGACAGCGAGGACUCGUCGUACCUGCAGGAGAGCCGGCUGAAGCGCAAGAUGAUGCGCAUCUUCCAGCGGCUGUGCGAGCUGAAGCAGUGCAGCAGCCUGACGGGCCGCGUCAUCGAGCAGCGCAUCGCCUACCGCGGCACGCGCUACCCCGAGGUCAACCGGCGCAUCGAGCGCUUCAUCAACCGGCCCGAGGCCUUCCCCGACUACAGCGACAUCCUCAAGGUGAUCCAGAAGGCCAGCGCCAGGCACAGCCUGGGCUUGGCGCGCCGGCAGAUGGAGAGCAUGGCGCAGGACGCCUUCCGCGAGGUGGGGAACCGCCUGCAGGAGCGCAGGCACCUCGACCUCGUCUACAACUUCGGGAGCCACCUGACCGACCAGUACCGGCCGGGUACGGGCAGGGGGCUGUGGGGUGCGGAGGGGUGGUUGUGUAGGGAG